AUGGCUCGCGGACAUCAAAAGAUUCAAGCUCAACAAAAAAAUCAAAAGAAGGCCGAAGCAGCUAAGAAGGCAGGCGUUGAUCAGAAGGCUGCUGCCCAAAAGGCUCUUCUCCACAAAUGCACGGUUUGCAUGGCCCAAAUGCCGGAUCCAAAGACCUACAAACAACACUUCGAAAAUAAACACCCAAAAAAUGCACUUCCCGCCGAUUUGGUCGAUGUUCAAGCUUGA